CCUUGCGGCAUAGACCAGCAUGCAGCCAGCAGUGCAGUUUCAAGGAUCCAUGUCGGAUUAUCAGCCGGAGCAUGAGUUUAAUAGCAUCCGAAGUCCCAAUGAUAGUUGUGGUACUGACGAUGGGAAAUUAUUUGGAUGCCAGGUUUAUUAUAUAAAAUACGUAUCAGACAUGACCGGGGUUUUUUCUGCCAGUUGAGCUCAGCAGUAAAGGUUGAAGGAAGGAGAAGGAGUAGCUUCUGAAUAUUAAAUUAUCAUCUUGUUGCUAAUCAUUCUGUGCGAACCGUCAGCGUCAGUAGGUAUUCUUCCCAGCUAUGAACCGGGUAGUGCUCGUGACGCUCCUGAUUACACUGACAGCCUUGGAUGGCUUAGCUAAAUUUCUAGUUAACGGUAGCAAGGACACCAGCUAUCGACUUCCUCGUGAAGUGAUUCCAGAGCAUUACGAUCUGGAAGUGCAUACUCAUCUGAACGAUGACGGAAAGGAGUUUCGAUUCCAUGGGAUGGUGAAUAUAACGGUAAGAUCCCGUUACAACUCGAUCGACAUCACAUUGCACUCGAAAAACCUCUCCAUUGCCGAAAACAAUAUUUCAAUCCGUGACCUGUACCACAAGCGGCAAGUAAAAAUAUUCGCGAUUGCCUACGACCCCCGGAAUGACUUCUUGAUCAUACGCACCGCUGGACUGUUCCGAGAAGGUCACCGAUACCGGCUAAGCAUCCCGUUCGAGGCCGAGCUGAAGGCAGACGUUAUUGGAUAUUAUCGCAGUAGCUACUUGAACUCGGAAAGUGGACAACGGGUAUGGCUUUCGACAACGCAAUUUCAAGCGAUACACGCUCGAAGAGCAUUUCCUUGCUUCGACGAACCGGAGCUAAAAGCAACCUUCAACGUCUCCUUAGGCCACCAUAGGAAAUAUAACGCCUUAUCCAAUAUGCCACUGAUACGAAGCGAGACCUCCGCAAAUCAACCUAACUGGAUAGUUGAUCAUUUCGACAAAAGUGUUCUAAUGAGCUCCUAUCUAGUCGGGUACUCCAUCAAUGACUACAGUUCAGUGGAAGCAUCGUCGAAUGAUAGAUCAACUGCUGUGACAGUACGAUCUUGGACCCGUAAGGAUGCUACAGCAAAUCUACAGUACGCAAACGAGAUAGCCGUCAAGCUCAUCCACCUUUACGAACAAAACUUCAAUCUACAGUUUCCACUGCCGAAGCUAGACUUCAUCUCGAUCCCGGACAUGCUAUUCGCUGCCAUGGAAAAUUGGGGUUUGGUAACAUUCACCGAAGCAGGCCUGGAGUAUUCACCAUCGGCAGCGACGAUUGAAAAUCAACACUUCGUAGCAUCUGUGGUAGCCCACGAAAUAGCGCACAUGUGGUUUGGCAAUCUCGUCACGAUGCGUUGGUGGACCGAUCUAUGGCUGAACGAAGGAUUCGCUCGGUACACAGAGUUUCAGGCCGUCGAUUAUCUCCAUCCUGAGUGGCGAUCGUUGGAUGAUAUCAUCAUAGAGGAUUUGCAGGAGAUAUUUAAGUUUGAUGCGUUAAACAGCAGCCACGCUGUUUCUAUCACGAUCGGUAAUCCGGAAGAGAUACCUCAGUUAUUCGAUUCUAUCUCGUACAAAAAAGGAUCCGCCAUAGUGCGUAUGAUGAAUAUGUUCUUGGGUGAUGAUGUUUACCACAGAGGAAUUGCGCGCUAUCUACAGAGGUUCAAAUAUGGAAAUGCGGCGCAGGACGAUUUGUGGAAGGCUUUAACGGAAGAAGCUAGUGAAGCCGGUAGUUUUCCGGAUUUCUUUGACGUCAAGACCAUCAUGGAUAGUUGGACGCUUCAGACGGGCUACCCAGUUGUCACCGUCGAGCGAAACUAUGUCAACCGGACGAUAGCUUUCCGACAGAUGAGAUUCAUGUACGACGGAACAAUUGGUGAUUCGGCUUGCUGGUGGGUUCCAUUGACCAUUUCAACGGCACGGCAGCCAAACUUUGACCAAACACAACCGCAAGAUUGGUUGAGCUGUUCUCGAGAAACGAUUAUCGUACUGCCCGAUCCACCCUGCGACAACGAAUGGAUCAUUGUGAACCAUAAGCUAGCCGGGCUAUACAAGGUUCAAUACGAUUACGAUAACUACCGUCUGUUGGCGAUACAGCUUAAAAGUUCCGGAUUCCAUGCGAUAAAUCCGAUCAACCGUGCCCAACUGAUCGACGACGCGCUGGAUUUUUCCUGGUCUGGUAUUCAGGACUAUUCGAUAGCUUUCUCACUCCUCAAUUACCUUCCAUCGGAAUCUGAGUACAUACCGUGGAAAGCUGCUCUUACGAAUCUCGAUGUGCUGGGUCGGAUACUGGAGAAUACGUCCUAUCACGAUACGUACCAAGCGUACGUAAGUCAUCUUCUGACGCCAUUGUAUAGCAGGUUGAACGUAUUUCAAACAAAAGACACGACCUCCAGAUUGGGACAAGCUCGUUUGAGAAAACUGGUAACUGAUUGGGCUUGUCGCAUGAAUAUUGGUGAUUGUGUAGUUAGUGCCGUCAAGCUGUUCGACAACUGGAUCACCAAUGGUACGAAUUCCGUUCCAUUGAACUUACGGUCUACUGUUUACUGCACGGCGAUUCGCGAAGGUUCCCAACGAGAAUGGGAUUUCUUGUGGGCUCGUUAUCGGGAUGGUAAUAUUGCUAGUUCCGAACGAUCGGCUGUAGCACAAGGGCUGUCUUGUACGAAGGAUGUGGAGUUGAUGGGAAGACUACUGUAUUGGUCUACUGGUAACACUCCGGUACUUCGCCUAGAGGAUACGACUGUAGUCUUCUACACUAUAGCCGAACAGCAAGAUGGAAAACCGGUGGCUAAGCGUUUCCUGUUCGAUAACAUCGAUAAAAUGGCAGACUACGUAAAUCCGGAAACAUUCGAGUCUCGGCUGGCAAGUCACGUGAAGGUUUUGGCACAGCAAAUAACCAGCAAGCCAGACCUGGUAGAACUGGCACAAUUUGUUACUAGUAAGCAGACGAUUCUGGCAGGCAACAGCCUAGCGAUCCGUCAAGCCCUGGAGUUGGCCCAUCUAAACAUUCAGUGGAUGCAGAAUCAGUUGGAAGAAUUUGUAUCGUACUUGAAACUGCUCGCGAUGAACGGAUUCAAUGCGUCAGUGGUGGAAUGGUUCUAGAAUGGACUGGAACAUAAAAAAUUAUUGCUUUUUGGUUCUGUCAGUAUUAUUGUUUGAGUUUAUAAUAUAUUGCAUUAGAAUAUA